AUGGCGAAGAAUCUCCGCAUGGGUUCCAACACGUUGGAGGUCUGUGUCCUCCUCCGCCUGCUCCUCUCCGCUCUCCUGGUCGUCUGGAGCGGCCCCGGCGCACCCUCCGCGGAGCGGAUGGACUGGGUGCCGGAGCUCUGCUGCGCCUGCCACCGCGAGGCCGUGGCAGGCCGCAGGCAGAGUGACCUCCGGAUCGACCUCAGCGCAGACGACCUGGACUCCCGCCUGCUCUAUCGCCACGUGCUCACGCAGGGCGACCCCUUCGACGGUGCGCCCAGCCCCGCGUCGGCGGCUGGGCGGCGGGACCCGGCGGAGUGCCUGGAGCUCCCCGACCUGCCCGCGUAUCCCGUGCCCCUGGGGUGCACGAGCGACGGCGACGAGGACAGGAGAAAGGUGGUGCUGCUCGAGAUGUUGCGAGAGUUCGCGCUGGAGAUGCGUGCCGGCACCCGCCUGACCCAGCUGAUAAUCCCCGCGGCCGGAGGGGCUUUUUGCGAGACCGUCCACUGCCAAUUGCUGGAGGACUUGGUGACCCUGAAGGUGGACGCCGCCACCUGCCACAUCGUCGAGUUCCCUCUCGAUCGUGCGUCCAGCGUGUUCUGCGUCAGUAGAGAGGGCAGCAGGCCUUCCGAGGAGCAGGGCGACAGCUCCGAGCGGGUGGUCAUCAUUGAGUUCCUGCAGAAGAAGCUGCGCUUCCUCUUCGCCGACACGCCCUCUUCCCAGAGAUUCCUCACCUGCAUGGACCUCCUGGUGCAGCGGGCGCAGCAGCUGCGGACGCCGUCCAGCGGCGGGGUCGAGCCGGCGCUCCCGAUGGCGGCGGCGGUGGCGGGCUGCGCGCGGGGCGGCGUCGGCGGCAUCUGCGCCAAGACCCCUGUGGUGCCCAGCGUCGGCGACGGCGACUGCCCGAGGGCAGCGCCGCGCCCCGCCGCCGCAGAGGGGGCGGCCGUCGAGCUCCUGGGGGCGCUGAAGACGACCCGGCUCUCCAUGUAG